UUCUCCAAUAAGAAAAUUCCCAGUUUUCCCAUUUUGACCAACUAUGUGUAUAGUCUAUAGUCUAUACCUAACAACGCCGUGCCGGCCCUCAAGUAGUCAUGCCAAACACCAAACCCUUUAUAACACCCGUAUACCCUGAAACCCGUAUCUAUUCUCAUUCAUCUCUGUAUAUAUAUACAAAAAAAAAAAAAAAAAAAGAAAAGAAAACCCACUUUUCUCUCCAUUAUGUACUGAAAACACGGUUGAUGAUUCCAUCCACCAUCUCCAGCAUCAUAAUUCUUCCAUUGACAAUGAUUCUACCUGUUCACUGAGAAAUUAAAGCAAUAAUUUCAUUCGUGUUUCUUUUCUUUCUUUUCUUUUCCUUUCCGUUUUUAACGAGUUAAUCAUAUCAUGUUUCUUGUAAUAUUGUUGGUAAUCAUUGUUGCGUUUUGCGUUCUACGCUUUGCGUCAAAAUCUUCUCUACUGUUCGUUGUGAAGAAAUGGGUGCGGGUUUUGGGAGACAAGUGCUAUGAGUUCCAGUUCUACAGGGUGCCACAGUUCAACCAGAAUAUGCAGGAAAAUCAAUUGUAUCGGAAAGUGUUUACUUACCUGAAUUCCUUGCCCGGCGUUGAGGAUUCCGAUUUCACGAACCUGUUUGCAGGCAACAAGUCGAACGAGAUCAAAAUCGUUCUCGAUUCGAGGCAGGUUGUAGCCGAUAAUUUUUUGGGCGCCAGAGUUAAUUGGACGAGCGAGGAGGAUGAGAAGACUGGUUUGAAGUGCCUGGUUAUGAAAAUUCGGAAGAACGAUAAGCGCCGGAUUCUCCGUUCCUACCUUCAGCAUAUUCUAUCUACCUUCGAUGAAAUCGAGCAGCGGAAGAAGGAAGUGAGGCUUUAUGUGAACGUUGAGAAGAAUCCGGAGAGCAGCGGGCGGUGGAGAUCGGUGCCGCUCACGCAUCCGGCGACGAUUGAUACGGUAGUGAUGGAUUCAGAUCUGAAGAACAAGGUGAAAUCCGAUUUAGAAUCGUUUCUCAAAUCCAAACAGUACUACCACCGUCUCGGCCGUCUCUGGAAGCGGAGUUACCUUCUCUACGGCCCCUCCGGUACAGGAAAAUCCACCUUCAUCGCCGCGAUGGCGAAGCUUCUCAGCUACGAUGUUUACGAUAUAGACUUGUCCAGAGUCUCCGACGAUUCCGAUCUCAAGAUGCUGCUAUUGCAAACGACGAGCAAGUCUCUGAUCGUGAUCGAAGAUCUAGACCGUUAUUUGGCCGCCGGAAAAUCAACCGGUCCGACCUUGCCGGGGAUUCUCAACUUCAUGGACGGAAUAUUCUCCUGCUGCGGCGAGGAGCGGGCCAUGGUAUUCACGAUGAACAGCAAGGAUCAAAUUGAUCCAACGGUUCUGAGGCCAGGAAGAGUCGACGUCCACAUACACUUCCCUUUGUGCGAUUUCAACGCUUUUAAGAGCUUGGCCAACAGCCAUCUAGGCCUAAAAGAUCAUAAGCUUUUCCCUCAAGUUGAAGAGAUAUUCCAAACCGGGGCGAGUUUGAGCCCGGCCGAGAUCGGGGAAAUCAUGAUCUCGAACCGGAGCUCCCCAAGCCGGGCCUUGAAAUCGGUUAUCUCCGCUCUACAGACCAACAGUGAAGACCGGGCCGCCACUAGGCACGCUCGGCGGUUGAGUCACAGCGGGUCGGCUCGAACCACGGAGGAGCCGAGCGAACCGGGCAUUUUCGGAAAAGAUGGCGUUAAAGAGAUUCGAAAAUUAUAUGGACUAUUGAGGCUAAGGAGCACUAGGAAAGAGUCCUUUGAAUUUGAUGCACCGGAGAAGGAAAAUUCUAGACACGAAAGUUGACAAUAUGGGACAGUUGUUUGAGCGUGUGUUACACAUUUGGGGCUCUAUAAUCAUUUGUUGAUUUAUUUUUAUAAGUUGUGUAGAAUAAUCAUGUAAGUAAAGUGGCCUGGUUACAUGUCUUUAUGGAACAUAUUUAUUAUUUGAUUCAUUGUUUAGAAAUUAUUUGGUAAUUAGUUAGGGAUAUGUAGUGAAUUGAGAGCUGAAUUAAGUUGCAAUUUGCAAA